AUGGAUCUUCUGACGCAAAGUUACGAUGGAAAUAGCAGAUCUUGGCGAGAUGGGACUCACUACAGGCGAACGAAAUACCGAGCCAACCUGAUGAAAGGUAAGUCUCGAGUCGAUCAGACCGAGAAACAGCCGUUCUUUAAGUAUCAUGACUCGCGUAUUGAAAAACUAUCAGAAAACUACCAAAAGUGGCUUCGAGCGAAUCAGAUUUACACAAAACGGUCUCGGGAAGAGGCAGGAGACGAAAACCGAGGUGGAUAA